AUGACCUACAUCAACGAACAACUCGACAGCAAACUCUCAGUGAUCCAAGCUCAACUGGAACAAGAUGUCUCUGUCGAUGAACUAAUGUUCAUGAUCCAAUCCCUCAUCAACUUUGCCAAUGAGACCAUUGCCAUUCUCAAGAAGCACUUUGGUAUUUGA